AUGUCCUCAGACUCGGAAGAAGAUGAGCAAAAACUCCCUAAAUUCCAGAAUUUCGAUGAUGAAAUUUCCCUCGAGAAAUUUCUUCUCAAUAAAUCCUCUGACCCUUACUUUUACGGUGAAGAAGAGAAUGCAAAGGGCGAAGAAUACACUUCAGAUGGAGAAGAAGAAGGAAUUUCUGUCUUAUCAUCGUCAUCAGAAAAAUCUCUAGCAACAGAAUGCGAAGAGGAAUUUUCAGAUAAGUUCGAUUUUUAUUCAGAUAUCGAUCUAGAAUUGAAACCCUUCUCAGAAGAAUUAUUAACGACUCUACGGAAAGAGGAAGACAACAGACAACUGUCUCUCAUCGAAGCUAGACUGUACACAAUUUCUCAACUGAAAGAAUUAUGGGAGGAACGGAAAUCCCUGAAGCUGAAGAACAAUUUGCUGCACAAAAAGUGCAGGGACUUCCUGGGAAGAUACAAGAUCAUGAGUUACUUUGAGAAACCCUCGGGCGCAUCGAUUUACGAUGACAAAAAGUAUGAAGAGACUUUGGAUACCUUCAAAGCAAUGCAAUCAGACACGCAAAUCGCAGAACGUCAUUGUCGAAAUGAAUUGAGGGAAUUAGGGGAGAAUUAUCAGGAUAAAUUAGUCAUCUUCGAGGAAAUUAAACAGCAAUUCCUCUCGCAACAGUCAGAAGUGUCUGAGUGUCUAGAAGGGAGAUUCUCCCCGAAGAAAAUCCAUUUCUUGAUGAGGAGACAGGAGCGGAGGAUAAGAAAUCUCGUAAAAAUCAGGGUCAAGUUCUUCAAGCUCAAGAAUUUAUUAGAGCGAAUUACUAGUGAAUGCGAUCGGUUGAAUGAUUAUGGGGAGGGGAGAACUGUCAAUCUCUACACGAAUCUGUCAGCUACGAAGAACAGCCUGGGGGAGAGGCUCGAUGAACGCGAGGAAGAAGUCGGGAGCAUUCGAAAGCAGAUUUUGACGAUGGCACCAACUUUAGCUCACGUGAAAGAAACCUCUCGUGGAUUGUCUCUCGAAAUUGAUAAAUGUUCGUCAAAAUUGAAGGAAAUAGCGGGAAUUACUGACAGGGGCAGAAUGCUCGUGGUUGAACGGAGGAGAAAGAAGGAUUCCUUGAGAAAGAAAUUUUCGAAAUUGUAUCAAACAGCUUUUCUCCUUGUGAAUCCAAAGCUGUUGACAUUUUUGUGGGAUUCUGCAGAAGAACACGAGAUCUUGAAAGAAGAAAUUGCAAAUGUGAAGUUAUCACACAUAAAUCAUUAUAAAUCAUGA